CGCGGCAGCGCGGCGGGCAGCUCAGAGCGUGCGGCGAGACGAAGCUCUCCUCUUCUUCCUUGCCCUCCUCCUCUGCCGCCGCCGCUGCCUCCCCGGCAACCGCGCAGCCCGGCAGCCGCGCAGCGGGGCAGGGUGCAGGUCCCCAGCAGCGCUCCGCUUCGCUCUGCUCCGCGCCCGCCCGCCAGCCCCACCGACAGACUCGCGGCUCCGUGGUGGCCAUGGAGCACCGCGGCGCCUCCCCGCGCCUUCUCGCCCUCGCCCUCCUCAGUGCCCUCUGCUGGCGGGUGCGGGCGCUGCCCCCACGUGGCGCCGCCUUCCCCCCGCUCCCGCGAUUGGGAAACAGAGUGUCAUUUGAUGGAGCCAGUGAACCUGACCAUGUCCAUGGGUCAUUUAAAUCUGAAUCAGACAUUUUGCAGAACACGCUACCUGAAAAUGAGAAGUUCUAUUUUGAUCUGUCCAGAAUUAUUGAUAGCUCUCAGGACAGUCCGGUCAAACGCCACUCUGAUGCUGUCUUCACUGACAACUACAGCCGCUUUCGAAAGCAAAUGGCUGUGAAGAAAUACUUAAACUCAGUUUUAACUGGAAAAAGAAGCCAGGAAGAGCUAAACCCUGCUAAACUUCGGGAUGAAUCAGAACUUCCUGAACCUUCCUUUUCAGAAAACUAUGAUUCUGCAGAUGAGCUACUGAGCCACCUACCGCUGGACUUCUGAAGGACACCUGGUAAAGUCUAUGAGAAGAACAAGCUAUUUUUUGAGUUCCACGUAGUAUUUCAAAGAGAUGACUUCAGUCAUCAAACCAGAACAAAUAUGUUGUGAAGUGAAAGUUGUCAUAUAUUUGUUUCUUAUGUAAUAAAAGUUGAUAUUUACAUUGUAAAUAUUACUCAAGUUCUCUGCUGACAGCUGUAUAUAUGGAUGCCAGUUUAACUCAUAAGAAGUCUGUGAGUCCAUAUGCUGUAAAUCCUUUACUUCAAUAAAUUCAUUUGAAAAUGAGUGUGCAGCUGAAAAGAGCCCAUCAUUACUAAUUAAUUGGCCUAUUUUAGGUGUGAUAUGACUUCAGAUAAGCCUGUAUGAAAACAGGGAUACAUUUCCAGAUAGCUUCAUAAACAAGUGUAUAAACAUAAGGAAAAUUAUGUGCAAAGUGUUUCAAACUACAUGACAAACUCUAAAGUUGACUGUUAAGCAAAAGGCAAUGCUCUUCUACCAGCUGACCAAACAACCAGAGAAAAAUGAAGAAGCAUUAAAAACUAUUUGAACUCUGACAGCAUCUUUACUUCCUGUUCACUUUUUAAAUAUUUCAUAGUAUAUAAAUUAUAUUAAUACCAGAAAUGUAUCCGUUGUUUUCAGAUGUGAUUUGGAUGCUCUGAAGCUCACGAAGCACACAAAGAAUGAUAUCUCUUCAUUUGUUUGAUGCCUAAAGUAACUGGCUAUUGUACUGGUUAUUCUACAUAUAAUUGUCAGUAGGUUUGAUGAUGAAACUAUUCCUUAUAUAUAUAAAAUAGAUCUGAAGAUGACUAUUUUUUCAGAAUGAAUGUAAUUUAAAGAAUAUGAAGACAAUAAAUCAUUUUAUUAUCAUGGCAAACUAUUACUG